AUGGAAAUAGGCAUAGUGUUGACAUCCUCUUUAAUGAAAGAUCAAUUCUUCACUGAAGCUCAUCGUUCGUUAAAUACGAAUGUUAAACAAUAUUGGACAAAUCUUCGUUAUCAAAUAGAAUUUGAUGAUUUACAAACAACAUUCCGUUGUUGUGGGGCUGAUUCAUCCAACGAUUAUCCACAUAUUAAACAACUUAUACCGAUUUCAUGCUUGUCUGGAAUAAAACCAUAUUCACUGUUGCAUAUGAACCCAUUGAAAGCUUCUAAUUCUGAAGGGAGUUUCAACAUUGAAUAG